GUGAAUACUGAAAUGAAUCUAACAUAUAUAACUUUUGGUGGUCAUGUGGAAGUAGAGAAAUACAGAUAUCUUUAUUUUGUGAUCAUGUUUACAGUAUAUAUUCUGAUAAUCUGCAGCAAUUCCACUAUUGUGUGGAUUAUCAUGAUUCACAAAAACCUUCAUGAGCCUAUGUACAUUUUCAUUGCUGCUUUGUUACUGAACUCUGUUCUUUUGAGCACUGUGAUCUACCCAAAGCUUUUGAUUGACUUUUUAUCUGAAAAACAGAUCAUUUUACAUCAAGCCUGUCUCUUUCAAGUAUUUCUGUUUUAUGUUUUAAGCGGUUCAGAAUUCUUACUGCUGACAGCAAUGGCUUAUGACAGAUAUGUGUCUAUAUGUAAACCUCUGCAAUAUCCAACUAUCAUGAGAAGAACAACAGUCAAUAUUUUCCUGGUUUUGGCCUGGUUUCUACCUGCUGUUCAGGUUGCAGUUCCAAUAGUAAGAAAUGCAAUUACACCACUCUGUAACUUUAUUUUGAAAGGUAUUUUUUGUAACAAUUCAGUCAACCAUCUUUAUUGUGUGACUUCAAGUGCACUAUCUGUAUAUGGUUUGAUUGUUCUAUUUAAUGGUGCAAUUUUUCCUAUGCUUUUCAUACUUUUUACAUACACAAAGAUCAUUAUAGUUGCUUAUCAGAGUUGCGGAAAUGUAAAGAAAAAGGCUCUACAAACCUGUUUGCCUCAUGUGCUAGUUCUAAUUAACUAUUCUUGUUUGCUUACAUAUGAUAUGGUCAUGGUUAGACUGGAGUCAGAGUUUCCAAAAACUGCACGCUUUGUAAUGACAUUGCAGUUUGUAACAUAUAAUCCUCUCUGCAAUCCAAUCAUAUAUGGACUAAAAAUGAAAGAAAUUUCUAAAAAACUCAAAUCAUUGUUCUGUUGUUUGACAUAA